GGGCUGUAAAAAAUUAAAAGCGCCCCGAGCGGUAGCCCAGGUUGGGCUGCUUCCACCCUCACUUCCUCGUCUCGCCUCUCGUUCAUGCUCUCUCUUCCUUCGACGACGACCCCAUCGCACGACAAGUCGUCCAUCUCAUUUCCGGUCUCUGCGAUUCAGCCGCUGCAUCGCUCUCUGCUGACUUCGUCGCUAGGGUUUCCGACCGCCUCUCUUCUGGUGCCUUGGCAUGGAGUCGCCGUCAUCUUCAUACGGUGUUUCCACCAUUCUCUCUUUGUUUGUCUGUGAAUUCUGGAACUGCUGUUGGGACUUAGAAUAGAGUUGGACGCAUCCCCGAAGUUGAUGAUGCUUACGUGGCAGUUUCAAGGCAUAUGUAAAACUGAUGGGUGUCAACAUUAAGUUAGAUUUGAAGAGAAAGUAUCUCUCUUUUCAGCCACGACGAAGACAAUGAUAAAUGGUCCUUCUUUCAAAAUUCUCAACCAUUGUUGGGUGGAACUCUGCUAUAAGAGAAUCUGUGAACCAAAGCCGUCCCCACAAAGCCCUCCUUCUCUUUUUCCAAAUGAAACAAAAUGGUUUGGAACCUAACAACUUCACCUUUCCCUUCUUGGCUAAAGCAUGUGCCAAGCUUUCCAACCUCAAAUUCUCCCAAAUUAUUCACACCAAUGUUUUAAAAUCACCAUUUCGGUCAGAUAUCUUUGUGCAAACAGCAAUGCUCGAUAUGUAUGUCAAGUGUGAUCGGUUGGCUGAUGCCUACAUUCUGUUUGAGAGAAUUCCCAUGAGAGACGUGGCUUGCUGGAAUGUGAUGCUUAUGGGUUUUGCGCAAUUGGGAUUUCUUGAUAAAGUGUUACGCUUGUUCCAUGGGAUGAGGUUUGCACGAAUUCUGCCUGAUACCAUCACGGUUAUGGGGUUGACUCAGGCAAGUUUGGAGACAAAGAAUUUGGCACUGGUGAAAGCCAUUCAUGCAUUUGGAAUUCAGAUUGGGAUAGAUGGAGAUGUUUCAAUGGCUAACACUUGGAUCUCUGCCUAUUCCAAAUGCGAUGACUUAAGUUCGGCCAUGGCUGUCUUUAAUGGGAUUGAAAUUGGCGCGAGGACUGUUGUCUCAUGGAAUUCAAUGAUUGCAGGAUAUGCAAACUUAGAGAAAUUUCUUGAUGCUCUAAAUUUUUACAAAUGGAUGCUCUGUGAUGGUUAUAGGCCUGAUAUAAGCACAAUUGUGAGCCUCCUUUCUUCAUGCAUUCAACCUGAUAAAUUGCUACAGGGUGUGCUGAUUCAUUGUCAUGGAAUUCAAAUGGGCUGUGAUUCUGACAUUUUUGUUGUCAAUGCCCUUAUAUCAAUGUAUUCCAGGUGUGGUGAUAUACUUUCUUCUAGAUUUUUAUUUGAUGGCAUGUCAAAUAGAACUUGUGUUUCAUGGACUGCUAUGAUCAGUGGGUAUGCUGAUAAAGGAGAUUUGAAUGAGGCGCUAAGAUUGUUUCAUGCUAUGGAAGCAGCUGGUGAGAAACCUGAUUUGGUUACUGUGCUUUCUCUGGUGUCAGGUUGCAGCCAAACAGGAGCACUUGAGCUGGGAAAAUGGAUUCAUAACUAUGCCUUUUCUAACGGUUUAAGAGACAGCAUUGUAGUCUGCAAUGCAUUAAUUGACAUGUAUGCAAAAUGUGGAAAUGUUAACAGUGCUCGAGAGCUCUUCUAUGCCUUGCCAGUGAGAACUGUUGUUUCCUGGACAACUAUGAUCGCAGGCUUUGCUUUGAAUGGCAACUACGAAGAAGCUCUGGACCUUUUCUGCCUGAUGGUGGAUUUGGACUUGAAACCAAACCACUUAACUUUUCUUGCCAUUCUUCAAGCUUGCACUCAUGCAGGUCUUCUUGAGAAAGGAAUGGAGUUCUUUGACAUGAUGAAAAAAGUUUACAAGAUAAAUCCUGGGGUAGACCACUUUUCUUGUAUGGCGGAUCUCCUUGGGCGUAAGGGAAGGUUGGAAGAAGCAACGGAGCUUGUGAAAAGUAUGCCGAUGAAACCCGAUGCUCGCAUAUGGGGUGCAUUACUUAGUGCUUGCAAGAUUCACCAUAAUGUAGAGAUCGGAGAAUAUGCAUGUCGCCGUCUAUUUGAGUUGGAGCCCCAGGGUGCAGUUCCAUUUGUGGAGAUGGCGAACAUAUAUGCAUCAGAGAGAAGGUGGGAUGAAGUUGCUGCAUUAAGGAGAGCUAUGAAAUUUAAGAAAGUAAAAAAAAUUCCAGGACAAAGCCUUCUUCAUGUUAAUGGGAAACCUCAUGUAUUUACAGUCGAAGAUAGGGGUCAUCCUGAAGGCUUGCUUAUAUAUGCAAUGUUAGAUAGUUUGGCAUUGCAGUUGAAAGAAGAACAAUACUCGCCACAUUCAGACAAUUUUGUGAAAUGAUUAAUUUAAAUAAUUUAUAUUUGCUCAACAUAAUAACCAUGAUCAUGAAUGAUACUCUGGAUAUUUCGUUUGACCA